UCCGGCCGCCGUCGCCAUGGUGACCGCAGCGGGGCCGCCCGGGCCCCGCCCCCGCGCCACCGCCCGGCGGACCUGGCCGCGCCCCAAGGCCGGGGAGCCGCAGCCCGAGCGUCGUUGCGCUGCGGGCCGGCCGAGCAGGGGCGCGGAGACGCACGGACCGCGGAGCCUCCCCGGAGCAUGUGGAAGCUGAACCGGAGCCGGGUGCUCCUGGACGAGCCCCCCGAGGAGGAGGACGGCCUGCCAGGGGGUCCGCCGCCGGCCACCGCCGCCGCAGCCGCCGCCGCCGCGCAGGUCCAGGGAGCAAGCUUCCGAGGCUGGAAGGAAGUGACUUCUCUGUUCAGUAAAGACGACGAGCAGCACCUGCUGGAAAGAUGCAGAUCCCCCAAGUCCAAAGGAACUAACUUACGGUUAAGAGAAGAGCUGAAGACCGAGAAGAAGUCUGGAUUUUGGGACAAUCUGGUUUUAAAACCGAACGUUCAGCCGAAGAAACCAGAUGAGAUCGAAGGCUGGGAGCCUCCAGCACUCGCUCUCGAGGAGGUGACGACCGACGCAGGGGACACGGCGAGCGGCCGCCCCCCUCAGCCGGGCAGGGAGUCGGACAGCAAGGGCUGCAGGAGGUACAGCAGCCUGGCGAGCUCAGGGAACAGCUCCCGCUGGAGCCUGCGGUCGGCGGGGAAGCUGGUCGGCAUCCGGCGGCAGAGCAGAGGCCACCUGACCGACAAGUGGGAGGAGCUGGAGUGACCGUCCGGCCCCAGCAGAUGGGACAGGUGUGCGGAGCGCGCAUUCCCCACCCACCGCGACCGUGGCCCCGUGUCU